UUUUUCCGUCGUACUUAGAAAGGACAGAUCCCGCGCCAGAUCGAUCCGAGCCGAUGCCAUGUGCCGAAGCAGCAUGUGUGUCGCUGCUGAACGACAUGGAGGCAUUGAAGAAGCAGCAUGAAGGUCUCCUGCAUGAGAAGGCCCAAUGGGAAGAGGAUCGAAUGUCCAUGCAUCGUCAGGUGGACCUCUUGUCGACGCAAAACGCGCAACUGCAUAUGCGCCUCGAGGACAAAGUAGCUGCAGUGCUGGAUGCAUCUGAAGUGGAAGACAUUCGCGCCAAAUGGGCCGACGCACUGCGACGGGAGCAAGCUUUGAGUGAGACCCUGCAGCGCCUUGAGCAGGACACGCACGACGCCGCAGACCAACGUCGAUUCAACGACAUCACGACCGAGUUGCAACUCAAGGAACACAAGUUGCGCAACGCCAUGCUCGAGAUCGACACGUGGAAGAAGGAGCAUGCGAACAUGCGAGUGGCGUUAGAGUCGUUGCAAUUGCAGGUUAGCUCGACUCCAUCAUCACCCACGACCGACGCGACGACAUCCGCGUUGACCCAACGCAUCCAGCGCCUGGAAGAGGACAAGCGCUUCCUGGAGCAAAAGGUGCUCGACAUGGAUGCCACCAACGCCACGGUGGACAAGAUGAUUGUGGACUUCAAGGCAUCAUUCGACCAAGAGCGGCAGACAUUGCUCGGCCACGUGCGCGAGUUGCAGCAACGCGUACACGACUUUGAGACCCACGGAUCGUCGAUGGAACUCGUGCACGAUCUUGAAGCCAAGGUAGCCAUCUUGCAGGACAUGCGGGUGCAGGACAAGGAAAUCCUCGCCAAUGCCCGCCGCGACCUCAAGCAAAAGCAGAUGCAAAUCGACACAUUUUUAGCCAAUUACGUGCACAAAGACUCGUGGCAGCCCCUCGACGCGCAACUGACCGCCGCCACCGCCGAAAUCGAACGGCUCCGGCUUCAGUUGGACCAACUGCCCGCACUUUCUCCUUCCCCGGCGAUCCCCCCCAUAACCAUUGCUACUCCUAACGUCUCGUCCCAGUCGAAGGGGGAAGUACUGGCAUCACCUCCGUCGAAUGCAUCCAAGAAAGCGGCGGUGGUACUGCUGGACUCCCAGAAAGAACUGGAAAGUCAGUUCCAAAUGGGGCUAGAGCUCGACCAGUGUCUGGAAGAAUGUGCGACACUGUAUUUUGAAAACCACCAGUUGACAGAUAAAAUCACGACCAUCGAAGCCGCACUCGCUAGUGCCCAAGAUCAACAAGCGGUCUUGUACAGGGAAUACAUUGGCCAGCAACAAUCGUUCAAAGCGCACAAACACCAGCUGGACACGCAGUUGGCAGCGUCGCAAACCAUCAUUGACGAACAAACAAUCAAAUUGAAUCGCUACGAAACGAGUUGGCACACGAUGCAAGUGCAGUCCGAGUGGCAGCAGAACGCAGCUGAUAUGACUCGUAAACUGGCGCUGUUCGAAGUGAACCAGGCGCGUCUGGCACGGCAGUUCAACCUCGUUCUAGACGAAAAACAGACGGAAUAUACGCGGCGUAUUGCACUCGAAGACGAGCUACUCGAUGUGGAAAGAACGCUCAAAACCCGUCUGCAGUACCUCGAAGCGUGGAAAAUUGGGGCCACGCAGCGCAUGCACGCGAUGCAGAAAGCCCUCCAUGAAAGCAUAUUAAAAGUUCAUUUCGACGACCUUCAAGACGCAUAUACGACGCUGCAGGAAACGUAUGCCGCGCACUUGGACAGGUGGAACGCCCGGCAUGCCGAGUAUGUCCAGGCCCUGGACCUGAAAGAGCAAAACGCAAAGUUAGUGCAUGAAAACGCCCUUUUGGGAGCAACGUCGUCGGCAACGUCAUCUAUUGAACACGAAAAGAGAAUUCUCGAGUUGGAAGCCACCGUAGCCAUGUAUCUCGGUCAAAUCAAGGAGCUGUCCCAGCCGCCUGCCACGUCAUCGAAAAUUCCAACACUUGACCGACCAGCACCACUCAAUUUGCAACAGGUGCUCGAGCAUCGUGUGGCAGAGCUCGAACAAUGUUGCACUGCGUUGCAGCUAGAGGUGGACAAACACAAGGCAAUUGCGGCACUGGCGGCAUCCCAGGCUAACACGCUGGCCGCGCGGCAAUCCCGCCGCCGCGAUGAAGUGGCGACGCUGGAGGAGCGACUUCGAGAGCUCGCCAGUCGAUCCGAUGACGACGCCAUUAUCGGCCAGUUGCAGCAGAAACUCAUGACUAUUCAAGCUAACUACCACUCGUUCACAGAUCGAUACGAAAAGGCCAUGGAAUUGCAGCGCGCGGCCCAGCUUCAAGUUAACACACUCACCCUCCAAAUGGACGCCACGAGCCAGCACUUGGCGUCGGAGCUAGAAAAGGAACGGCAGACCAACCGAGUGUUGGAGUCCACCAUCGCUACGCUCAAGCAGUCAGAUUUACGAGGUAAACUCAAGCGCCUGGAAGCCAUGGCCACACGGAUUGAAGCGUUGGAAGAUGAUGCCGUGCAAUUGCAUGCCAAGAAACGAGCGUUGGAGCGACGCGUGGAGGAACUGGAGGCGGGUGUGUCGACACCAUCGACAGGUCCAGACUUGCACGAAGUACAACGCUAUAAGCAUCGCAUUGCCAUUCUCGAGCAAAAAGAACGGAUGUGGAUGGAACAGAUAGACCAAUUAGCCCAAACCAACCGAUCCAAGGACUCGAGUACGCAACAAAAGGCAAAGUGGCGGCAGGACAACGCCGCUCUCCAAUCUAAAUUGGACCAAACCCUGUUUGAAAUGGACGCUCUCAAGGCCAAAUGCUCCAAAUUAUUGACAGAAUGCAACGACAAGGACGCCAAGAUACGCGAUUUAGCCAUGCAAGUGGACAACCUUGUCUUGGAGUCGCAGCUGAACCCAGCAAAGUACUAUCCACCUCCUAGUAAUACUACUAGUAGUGACCCCAACACUACGUUGACACGCCAGCCGAGCUCCCCGUCCAUGCGCAACAAAGUCGGAUAUUACGAAAAAGACCAUGUGGCGCUCCAAGAAGCUGCGCAAGCCACGAUCGCCAGCUUGAAAGCCCUCGUCCAAGACAAGAACGUCCGCAUCGAUGAGCUCCGACGGCAGUUGGAACUCGCGCGCGCGGACUUCGACGCCAAGCAGCAGGCGGCACACGACGACCAGGAGCGGCGGAACAAGCGGCUUUAUCAAGAUAACCACGCGUAUAUUGGCCAGCUCAAGGACGCCCUGGACAAGAUUCAGCACCUAGAAGCUCAAGGAGGAGGCCAGGCUGUGGUGGCGGCGCGUGAGAUGCACCAAGGACUGAUGGAUCAACUCAAGCAAGUACACAUGGACGUCCAAGUCAAAGGUCAGCUGAUCACGGAAUUGCAAGCCAAGGUGGAACAACUCCGCGAGGGCAAACAAUUAGCUGAGACGCGGUGUGGCGAAGCCUUGGAAGAAAUUGCGACACUGCAAAAAGUCAACCACAGCCUCGUGUGUGACGUGGAGGCGUUUGAGAAGGGCCACCAGCGGCAGACGAGUCAGUGGAAGGCGGAUUUACUCGCAAAGGAUAAGAAGAUGGCGCUGCUGAGAGAUGCGAUUAUCAAGCUCAAGGAGGAAUUCCUUAAGGCUCAGGAGCAACAAGCGGAAGACAGCGUACGAGAGAAGCGAAAGCAAACCAGUCAGCAACACGACCGCAUCGACGACCUCACGGACAAGAACGCCCACUUUACGGCCACAAUCACGAUGCUACAAGAAAAGGUGGACGGUCUGACUUGCGAAAUCCAAGACGUGAACCAAAAGUAUAAGCGCGCGAUGGCGUUGGUUGCCAAGUCCAAGGCGGCGCUAAAUUCGAGAGACCAGUUGCCAGGCCAGCUGCUCAAAGCAGCGGAAUUACGAGACCAACUUGAUCGAUGUAAAGCUAAGCUGGGGACGUACGCUUCCCAGGAACGUGAUAUGGAAAUGCUGCAGACUCGCGUCAAGGCACUUGAGGUGAAAAAUGCAGCACUUCUCGACCAAAUAGCUAAGCAGCAAGAAGCACAACCACCGACAAACCAACCCGACGAAGACAAGGCCGAUAAACGGCGCGCGGCGUGGGAACAGGAAAAGAAACUCAAGCGUCGGAUAGAUGUGUUGGCGAGUAAACUCGAGGAAAAGUCUGCCCAAGUGGACAAUUUGACCAAUCAAUGCCAGCGCAUUUCGGAGCAACUGGCCAAAACACAAGAGCAACUGGCUGCUCAAAUGAAAAAGAGUCCACCGACGCCACCUUUACCCCAUGAACGCGUGGCGAUGCGCGAGAACGUGGCGCUGGAGCUCGACAAUUGCUACCGUCGCAUCGUCGAGUUGCAGCAACUCGUGUUGGACGCCCGAGACUCGGCACUCCGUCAAAUUGAAAUGACUCCGUCGGUGGAAGAACGGCUGCAGCGAGAAACGACCGUGCUGGAGCUGUCGUUUCAAGUGGAAAGUCUGCAGAUCCAACUCCAACGCACUCGUCAAACUGGUGUAAUCGCUACUACUACCCCCUCCUCGUCCACUCCUUCCCAGGCCGAUCGAAAGAGUAGUACAACCGUGGCAGCGCUCGAAGAUGUGAUUGCCAACAUGAAGCGCGUGAUGGAAAACCUGCGCAGCGAGAACGACCGGCUACGAAAAAUCAAGUCGAUCAAGGCACCGGUAAAAGCCGCAGCAAAUAACAAGGAGCUGCAGCAACUUGCUGCGAUUGUGGACGCCACCAAGGCCGAAUUACAGCAACUUCGCAUCGAGCACUCGGAUUUGGCGCGAAAGUUUCGCGCGUUGGGCGCCAAGUACAAGGCCUGCAAGGACACCCAUGCGACGUUUGUGGCUGAUAUGGAGCACCUCCACAGUGUCCAACUGCAGGAUAAAGACAAGCAGAUCCACGACUUGAUCAUACUCAGUCGGGCCAAAGAAGCCGACGACGACCAAGAGCAUGUGACGCAUCAGGAUGCCGUCGUGCGCCAAUUGCGGCAAGAGAACGCGCGGUUAACAGCCGAACUGUCGGCGUUCGACUUGGAUUUUUUCGAUGAAAUCGAAGACUUGAAAUUCAAAUAUGCCCAAGCCAUCCGCCAAAAGCAGGCUUUGGAAACCCAACUGGCGGCCCAGUUGGUCACAUCGACGACACCCCCCCAAUAAGACUAAGUACAUAACGUUACGAAGGAACGUCGUGUAGGCAUGUAAUAGUACUGUAAUAUGUGGAGGCGUCCAGUGUGACCG